AUGCACAAUAAAGUUCUACUUCUGCUACUAGUAUUCGCAUCUCAUUUACUAGCUUACACAAGUCAAAAACCUAGAAAUCGAAUAACAUUUGAAGAUGUUUCCAUACCACUUGACGUUGCAAAUAAGUUAGUUGAUUUAAAUGAUCAAGUAAUUGAAAAAGGUCAUUUCGAAAUUAUGCAAAAUCAAAAACAACAAUCGUACCUAUGUCAUAUACCAACUGAAAAAGCGAUCAACAUUACAAGACCAAUCUCCACCAUCCCAAUACCGGAAUUAAAAGUGAAAGCUAUGCUGGCCAUACAAGAAACAUUUGAUGACGGUAAUUGUACGUUUGCAUUAUUAAAUUAUUGGACAUUAGGAUAUUGUUUUGGUGAUAAAGUUAUGCAAUUUCAUGAAGACGCAAAAGACUUUUUGAGUGGAAAUCAUAGAGCUCAAUUACCAAAUCAUGUAUAUAUACUAGGUAAGUUUCCAAAUGUUGUAUCAUAUAAAAAAACAAGAAUAAAAAAUCAGAAUCGUGGUCAAAAAGUAACAUUAAAUUCAAAUGAUUUCACUAUAUUUGAAGGAGAGUUUAGUUAUUUUGGAGAUAAUGAUAUAGACUCGUCGACUAAUACUCAAAAAUUUAUUAAACAUACUUUAUUUGACGGUGAAUUAUGUGAUUUGACUCUACAACCUAGAACCAUAGAUAUAGUUUAUAAAUGUGAUGAAAAUUAUAAAACUGCAGGAAUAAUGGAAAUGCAAGAAAUUAAAACCUGUCAAUAUCAAAUGAUUGUCAAUGUACCUAAACUUUGUCAAAUUGAAGAAUUUAAAAAGAAUGUGAUACAUGAUAAUAUCGUUGACGUUAGCUGUAAGAAUAUUGACAGUAAUGAUAAAUUUGUUGGUAACAACAUUACUUAUGAUGAUUUUUAUCAAUUUAACGAAUCAACAAAAGCAAUGGGAUCUAAGAUUGACGUAAACGACUAUUUUUUAAACUCAUUAGGUGAUGGGUUUAGUAUAGGAAGUCCAAAAAUCAAAUUUUUAUCUGAUGAAUCUUACAAAGAUCGAUUGAUAAUAGUAAAUGCCAAAUAUAAUGAUGAUGAGGACAUCAUACAAAGAUUUGGUAAAUUAUUUAUUUCAGCAUUAGAGAGAAAACUUCCAUCACCCAUUAUGAUCAGUGAAAAUGUUGCAACUACUUUAAAUUGGCGCGAUAGUUUUAUAAUUUGGAUUGAAAUUUAUGACCUUUUUGGGAAUUUUAUGGGAUUAUACAGAAUUGAAAGAGAUGGGUCAAAUGAAAAACGACAAAUUAGUAUACAAAAAGUAAAUAUGGAGACAGGAAAAGAUCAAGAUGACAUAGAAGUUGAUAUCAGAUAUUUACAUAAUCCAAAUGCAAAAUGGAAUUACGAGCAUUUCCAGCGACCAGAAAGUACAAACAACGAGUAA